CACUCACACAAGCUAUCUGGAAGCUGUAUGUCCACAUUCCGCUCGGAGGGAGACACACCCUCUGACCCCGACCGAGGAGGGGAGCUGCUGCCGGGAUGCAGAGAGGAGGAACUCACCGCUGCUGUGGAGACUGAAACCUGAAGAAGAGUCUCAUCUCUCUCCAGCUUCAGACGGAGAAACACCUGCAGCGGACAUGACCGUCACAGCCAAACACUGGACUCCUGAUCCCCAGUGACCCGCAUCACCAUGCCAACCCCCCCAAUCCUCACGGCAACAAGGAGUCCUCGGAGAAAUCGCUAGGUUUACAACCGUGAGCCUUCAUAAAGCUGAUCCAGUCAGAGAAGGAGACAGCAGGCAGGUAGAGAUGCCUUCCCAGCGUGGCGCCCUGCUGAUCUUCUUGUUCCUGUUGAAGAUGGGACCUGUGGGAGCAUGUGUGUGUCCAGAAGCCACUGUUUUAUCCCAGUUUCCCUUUGAGAUACCUGCUGACGCCUGUUGCUUGAACUACUCCGGCUCCACUUUCAGCCAUGUGCACUGGUCUGUGUUUACCAACGAGACAAACAUAAAGACUCUGGAUCUCUCCUUCUGUAAUAUCAGCUCGGUUAAUAUGACCGGUAAAGACGUGUCUACCUUACAGAGGGUUCUCUUGGGUCAUAACAGACUCACAGUGUUGCCGAGGGGGUUUCUAAGCGGGCAGCCGAGGCUAACGGAGGUGGAUUUGAGCGGGAAUCUGAUUCAGGAGCUGCCUGAGGGUUUCCUCCAGGAAUCAGACGUCCUCCAGAAGCUGAAUCUUCAGGGGAACCAGCUUCGCCUCCUCCCAGACUCUGUGCUUGUGAGGCCCCGUCUGCAAACACUGGAUCUGGAUGGGAACCCGUGGGAUUGCUCUUGUUUGUUACUGGAAGGCAUGGAGGACGCUGGGAAGUUGAACAGGACCGUUAAGAUGCAGGAUCUGGUGAGGAACCUGACCUGCGUGACUCCUCGGCACCUGGCCGGCAGGACGGUGUUCUCGGUGAGAAUCAGUGACGUGUGCCGCCCAGCUGGUCUCACCGCGCUCUUCAUCGUGCUGCCGCUCCUCAUCCUCUCUGCCCUGGUGCUCUGCUGGUGCUGCGGGAGGAAGAGGAAGAAGAAGGAAGCAUCAUUAAGCACCUCGAAAAGGAGAGCUACCAACUCCAGUAUCGGCCAGAAGCAUCGCAGCAAGCAGAAACCUACGCCUGGCGAUCAGAAUAAAGCAGAACACAAAGAGGGGAUCCUGAAGAACCAGUUGCUGCUCCGCCCAGCCUCCACCCUGCUGGGCAGCACCAGAGACAUCUACGAAGAGGUGGAGAUUAAGCUGGGUUCGGUGGAGUCUCUUCCUCGUGUGACCUCCAUCUGCUCCUCAGAGGGGAAGCAGGUUCCUCCGGGCUCUGAAGGGACCGAGAAGACCGAGCUGGACACGGUGAGCGUGACGGAGGUGAUGAAGGACUCGACUGACAGAGAGAAGGCGUACCUCACUCAGAGCACCGAGUACUACAGCCUGGUGCCCGGGAUCGAGCUCGAGGACUCGGACUACGGAGAGUAUGAGAACGUCAGCCUCUCGUGACAACAGGUCAAAAUAAUUGCUCAAAUGUAGUUUUUUUUUUUUACAUGAGAAGAUUUUAAUCCUACAUGUUUUUUUUAAAGUUCUCUAAAAUCUAUUUGCUCAAUCAGCUUCUCGGUUUGGAGUCAAACCAAAAACGUUGUUAAGAUAUGAUAAGAUAAGACUUUAUUUAUCCCGAAGGAAAUUGUUGUGCCAGAAAA